CUGUCCACGUGUUCCAGACAUCUUCCACAGUGGGCGUGGCCUGACUGACAGGAGAAGCUGCAAGAAUGACUGUCAGAAAAGUUAUAAAAACAGUCCUCAGUGUGGAACAGGCAGAAGGGCGCGGUGCCCGUGUGCGAAGGAGCAUUGGCAGAUGUGAGUUGACAAAUUUGGAUCCAUUUUUGAUGCUGGAUGAAUUUAAAGGUGGCAGGCCUGCUGGAUUCCCAGACCACCCUCACAGAGGAUUCGAAACGGUGUCCUACUUAUUGGAUGGAGGAUCAAUGGCACAUGAAGACUUUUGUGGUCAUGUUGGACAAUUGGACCCUGGAGACCUGCAGUGGAUGACUGCAGGAAGGGGAAUAGUUCAUGCUGAGAUGCCCUGCACAGAUGAGCCUGCGCAUGGAUUGCAACUUUGGGUCAACUUGAGAAGUUCUGAAAAAAUGAUUGCACCGGAGUAUCAAGAACUGAAAAACGCUGACAUCCCGAAACCAUCAAAAAAUGGAGUUACUGUCUCAGUCAUUUCUGGAGAGUCAAUGGGUAUUAAGUCUAAAGUUUACACUCGAACUCCAACCCUGUAUCUUGACUUCAAGUUGGAAAAAGGAACCAAGUUUUCUCAACCAGUGACUAAAGGAUGGACUGCAUUUAUUUAUACAUUGGCUGGUUUUGUGUAUGUCGGACCACCGGACGCCCAGCAAAAAAUUGAGGCUCACCAUACAGCAGUGCUGGAUGAUGGUGAUGAGGCCCACUUCGAAAACAAGGAUUGUGAAUUAAGUCAUUUCGUCUUAAUUGCUGGUAAACCAAUUAACGAGCCUGUUGUCCAGCAUGGUCCAUUUGUAAUGAACACGAAAGAGGAGAUUACAAAAACCAUUCAAGAUUACAACAAAGCAACAAAUGGAUUUGAAAAAGCUAAAACAUGGAAGUCAAAGAUUGGAAACCGAUAAAGAAUAACCUUUUAGCAGAGUGGUUGGCAGAGAUGGCAUGUUACUUGUACUGUGUUAUUCCUUAACCAGUAACGCACGCUGUGUGAUGGCACACUGUGCAUUAAAAACCAAAAUGCAUGGUGUGAUAGCCUUCCCAAGAUUAGUAGGAGGUGCAGUUCCAGGCACCUACCCCUUUAAUUCAAUCAAUUCAAUCCUGUUUUGUUUGUUUUUUUGUACGUUUAUUGUUUUGGAGUGACACAGACAGCGUAUAUAGCAGCUGCUGCCUACAUGUGUAACUCCUACAAUUCUCAUACCCCAUGUAGAUUAAAGAAUUCCAAGCCCUUACCCCAACUUUAAAACAAUCAUGAAGUAUAAACCUACAUGACACUAACCUAAAUUAGUGGGGAAAGAAAUCCCUUCUCUGGAUCCUGGAGAUAUUCUUAAAUCACUUAACCUCUAACUUUUGUAAACCAUAAUUAACCACAGUACAUGCAACGCCAUUCAUUUGCCAUACUACAUGCUACUCUAUUACAUGUGUGUCUCUUGCAUGCUCUCUCUGUCAGAUAUAUGUAUAUAUAUAUCUGUAUUCACAAUGUCAAUAGCAUUUACUUAUGGCCUGAGUAUCUACAAGUGCUUGACUGAUAGACAGACACGCACAUACUAUAUUAUAUAUAUAUAGUUAAUUUUUAUUUGGGUGCUUUUUUUUUCUCCAUAUAUCAAUCUGGUUAUGUGCAAGUCUUUCAAAAGCUGCUUAGUCUUGAAAAACGUUAAUGGAACUUUUGGUUUCUUCAUUAAUCAUGUGCUGUAACCUUUCAAAUGUUCACACUUUUUGUGCUUUCAUUGCGCUAUUAUAUUUCAGUUUUUUACAUAAUAAAACUGGUUUUCAAAAAAAAAAAAAAAAAAGUGGGAACAUGUGUUAUAUGUAUUAUGCCUCUAUUACUUUCCACGAGACUAUUAAACUUGAACUUGGCCAAGCACAGCUCUCUAUAUAAUAAUUUACCAUUAAUCUACAUGUGUGCGACCAGGGUGUUCUCUGGCCUUUGUAACGGUGCUUGUGGGGCUGAUGGCACCCCAUUGUGCCCUCCUAGCCAGAGCAAACCUAGGACACAUUAAUAAAAGGACACGAACCUAAACAC